GCCAAGGCAGCUUUCGUCCGACUGGACGCUCGAACCUGUUAGGUUCCUACGUCUUGCCUUUGGCUUCUCCACACCACUCGCCCAACGCAGCGCUCAGUGCAGGGACAUGAAUGUUCCUGUGCCAUCGCCCCCGGACGGGGUCCUUACGGGGCCCUCCGACAGCCUGGAGGCCGGCGAGCCCACGCCGGGCUUAAGCGACAGGUCUCCAGAUGAAGGACUGAUAGAGGACUUGGCUUUGGAGGACAGAGCUGUAGAGCACCUGGUGGGAGGCCUGCUGUCCCACUACCUACCAGAUCUGCAGAGGUCCAAGCGAGCACUCCAGGAACUCACACAGAACCAAGUUGUGUUACUAGAUACACUGGAACAAGAGAUUUCAAAAUUUAAAGAAUGCCACUCCAUGCUGGACAUCAAUGCUCUGUUCACGGAAGCGAAGCACUAUCACGCCAAGCUGGUGACCAUAAGGAAAGAGAUGUUGCUGCUCCACGAGAAAACGUCCAAGCUGAAAAAAAGAGCACUGAAGCUGCAGCAGCAGAGGCAGAAAGAGGAGCUGGAGAGGGAGCAGCAGCGAGAGAGGGAGUUUGAAAGAGAGAAGCAGCUGACAGCCAAGCCAGCCAAGAGGACGUGAGGAGCCUGCUUUCCAGGUCCUGUCCCAUCCUGCUUCCUGGUUGUCCAGUGCUGCACACGGAGAGCGAGGCGUGGACGGUGCCUUACGCCCUGGCAUGCCUUGAAAUCGUUCCCAGGGUUGGAUGUGUCCAAGACUUCACUCAAGAAGCCUUGUUGAUACUUACGUUUUCAACUCUCGCUUAACUUUAAAAUGUAUUAUUUUGAUCUUAAAUCAGUUGUAAACUGAAAACACUGGUUAUUGUAAGAGUCUGGAUACACUUCAAAUGAGUUGAAGGUCUGACUGUCUUGAGAGUCAAUUUUAGUUUCAGUUUCUCCUUUUCUGAGGUCAGGCCUUCCCUGCACAGCCACACUGAUUCCUGGCAACUCCUUUUUAUUGUUUAAAGAGAAACUCCAAUUGUUUGACCGUAAUUCUCCCAGAAAGAGAGCUGCCAAGCUUUUAUGAAGAACAUGUGAAGUGUAUGUCACUGGUAAGGCCAGCACCUGAGACGUAGGCUGGGAGUAGAUACCAGACAGACUCUUCCGGCCAUUCUCCUCUGUUUUCCAGUCUUGCUGCUGAUAGAGAUUUUGGGUUUAGGGCAGGAUUCUAUUCAUUCCUCAAGCUGUGCAGCAAUAGUGGGCCUGCCAGAUACUCAAAGGUGUGUGUCUGUGUGUCUGUGUCUGUGUCUGUGUGUCUGUGUGUCUGUGUCUGUCUGUGUGUCUGUGUGUGUGUGUGUGUUCGCAUGUGCAUGCUAAGUCAUCACUGUGUAACAAUGUCUCUGUGUUUUUUCUUUUCCUCUUUUUUUUUCUCCUAGAGACAGGCUCUCUAUAAAGCCCUGGCUGUCCUGGUACUCACUGGAGACCAGGCUGGCCUCAGACUUAACAAUCCACUUGCCUCUUUCCCCAGUGCUGGGAUUAAAGUGUGCACUGCCACGCCUUGUCUGAAGUAGAACAGAGUCUGCUGCUGCUCACAACGUAUGUAAAGAACACAGAAGAGGCCGAUUGAUGCCUUUGCUGUUUUCAAGACCUUUCCCUCUCCUAUGUAGGAACUUACUCUGUAGGCAAGAUGAAGUCUCCUUGUUGGAAGUCAAGAGUGCAGUAGUUUACUCCCCAUUUUAGUGUUUAAUAGGAAGCUCCUUUCUAGCCCCUACUUUGAGUGAGCAGCACAAAGCUACAAAGGUGUCUGAUUAGAAUGAGCAUCUUUUAUAACCCAUGGUACACGUUUAGUAGGCUGGAAUUACUACCUCUGAUCACAUAUUGGGCGAUAAGGAGAUCAUUAAAGAUGACCAGUGCUAAGAACUCGUCAGCUUAAAGGCUUAACUGUUUCUUUGAAGGAGCCCUUUCCUUUUUAAUGAAUGAAUUGUGAUCUCACAGUCAUUGACUUGACUUCUGUUCAAGAAUACAAAUGAGUUUAUUUGAACGGCUGUUACCCUUUGUCACUUGCUGUCACUUCUAGAGCAAAAGUCAUUAGGACUUGCAGGACAAUGCCAUUACAUUGCAGAAUGUACUUAUUACAAUAAAAUAUCUGAUAUCUGGCAAAGGCUGGAGAUGGCUUUUCAUGCUGACUUCACACCAACGGUGUUAGUCAUUUCAAGUGUUCCUGGACACUUCCUCGGUCUCUUAAAGUGAAUCUGUUCUUUGUUUUGCUUAAAGUUUCUGCCAGUGAUUCUAGUGCACCUUAAAGGAUGAGACACGUCUGGGUCUGGUUGCCACUGGCAGGGUUUUCCACACUAAAUCAAAUGUCCUUUUCACCUGGGAACUUAAAAUGUAGAAUCCUCAGUUCUUACCCACUAGUUCUGAUGCCAUAGAAGAUUUAGUGUGCUCUACAUUAUUCUGAUGCAAAGAACGGUGGUAUAGACUGUCCAGGGAUUUACAUUCAUAAGCAAUGGAAUAGUCUGAAAGCUACCUAGUAAUUUGUGGAGUUAAUCUUAAGAAAUAAAUUAUUCACUACUGCUUUGGAUAGAAUCAGAUUUAAAACUGAAUCUUAGCUGGCAGGAAAUAAGAGUCUUAGUUAAUUGGACUUUUUGACCUGUAUCAAAAUAAAUCAUGUUUAAUGAAUGAAUGGGUGGCAAUGUGGCACAUAUGUUUUGAGAAUUAUAUUAAGUUCUAAAGACUUUUUAACAUAUCAAAAAGAUGGGCUGGAGAGAUGGCUCAGCAGUUAAGAGCACUGACUACUCUUUCAGAGGACCAGGGUUCUAUUCCUAGCUCCCACACAGCAGCUCACAACCAUCUGUACCUCCAGUUCCAGAGGAUCCAGUCCCCUCAUCUGGCCUCUGCUAGCAUCAGACACAUAUGUGGUGCACCUACUCACACACAGACAAAACACUCACCCACAUAAUAGAGAAAUAAAUCUACAAAAAGAAAUAUACAUCAUUACCCACACUCUAAGGUCAGAAGUCAAUCAGAAACACCAUGGGCGAUGAAACCCUAAAAUUUUAGUUGUAUUUCAGUACCAUGGAAACACAAUAACUAGACAUACCUUUAUAACAGCCUUGCUGUGUUUUUCAACAAAUAGAAAUUGGCCGAAAGAAAAGUUGCCUUUGUUUUGAUAUAAUAUCAGAUAUGUAUGGUGCUGACACAUGGGGCGUUCAUUUUGAACUGACUUCUCGUCAUGAGUACCAUGUAAAUGUGCAGACGUUGAAUGUAAUGGAGAUGUGUCCACAGUGAAUUUUGGUGUGGAUUCAGUUCACCAGUACCAGUUGUAUGCCCAAACACCUUUGACUGAUUUUGAUCUUACAAAUGAAAACUACUUUUUAUGAACUUAAUAAAAACAGCAGAUUCACCCAG